AUGAUCCUGUGGCAGAUGCGGUCGCUGCUGACCACUCAGAGCCAGGACUCGUACAGAGAACAGAUCCACAAAGAGAUGAUGACGAGGCUCCACUGGAAACAUCGCUACGGCAACCUCUACCCCCACAACCAGCCCAGCACCAGCCCUGGGUCUGGGCCCGGUCUCUACACAGACUCUUCAGAGACUGAGCCAAGACCAGGAACCAGGGGUGUGCUGCCUCCCAUCACCAUGACAACAGUGAGGAGGAGGAGUGACGCCUCUCUCUCCUCAGUCUCUCUUCCGGUGACAUCACUGCCCUCUCCUCCGGACAGAGUUCGACCGUUCACAGUUCCUCCAGUGAUGAGAGCCGCCUCCCCUCAGACUAGACAGUCCCUGUACCAGGACUCCUCCCACCAGGUGAGACAGUCCCUGUACCAGGACUCCUCCCACCAGGUGAGACAGUCCCUGUACCAGGACUCCUCCCACCAGGUGAGACAGUUCCUGCACCAGGACUCCUCCCACCAGGUGAGACAGUCCCUGUACCAGGACUCCUCCCACCAGGUGAGACAGUCCCUGUACCAGGACUCCUCCCACCAGGUGAGACAGUCCCUGUACCAGGACUCCUCCCACCAGGUGAGACAGUCCCUGUACCAGGACUCCUCCCACCAGGUGAGACAGUCCCUGUACCAGGACUCCUCCCACCAGGUGAGACAGUUCCUGCACCAGGACUCCUCCCACCAGGUGAGACAGUCCCUGUACCAGGACUCCUCCCACCAGGUGAGACAGUCCCUGUACCAGGACUCCUCCCACCAGGGAAGGGGGCGGAGCCUGUACCUGAGGAGGCGUGGCCAGAUGUUACCUGAGCAGAAGUUUGAUUUCCCGCUGGUGUCGUCCUGGGAGUACGGCUGGAGACUCGGCGAUUUCACUCUGGAUUACAAAACUCCAACUCGAGCUCGAUCUUCAGUCGUCAAAAGCACCUUUUACGCCCGGAACGGAGUCUUCAAUGAGUCUUCUCCCACAGACACUCUGGGAUGA